UUGGAGGUAGGGAAGGGAACCAGCAUGCACCGCCACGCCACGCCCUCGCCCCGUGCAUCAGGCCUCCUGGCGUGGAUAUAUAUGGCAGGAACCAGAUUCAUCUGGUUAUGAGUUAGCCUAGCCAGAAAACAAUGCAGGAGUGGCUCAGCGUCGUCGCCAUGAUCUGGCUCCAGUCCGUGGCUGGGACGAACGCCAACUUCCCUGCCUACUCGUCCCAGCUCAAGCAGAUCCUCUCCAUCUCCCAGGUCCAGCUCAACAACCUCGCCUUCGCCUCCGACGCCGGCAAGCUCCUGGGGUGGUUCUCUGGCCUCGCUGCAGUGUACCUGCCGCUCUGGCUCGUCCUCCUGAUCGGCACCUCGCUCGGGCUCGUCGGGUACGGAGUCCAGUACCUCUUCGUGGCUGGCAGGGUCGCCUCGCUCUCCUACCCCGCUGUGUUCCUCCUCACCGCCCUUGCCGGGAACAGCAUCUGCUGGAUCAACACGGCUUGCUACGUUGUGGCGAUCCGCAGCUUCCCGCUCCACCGCCAGGUCGUCGUCGGGCUCACCACCAGCUACCAGGGGCUGAGCGCCAGUGUCUACACCGAUAUAGUCGACACUGCCUUCAACCGGCGCGGCGGUGUGGCCGGGGCUCGGGCCUACCUUCUCCUAAGCUCAGUCGUGCCGAUGGCCACGUCCCUGGUGACCGCGCCUUUCGUCAGGGACGCGAAUGCAGGGGCAGGCAGAAAAGCGCAAGGCGGGUUCAUGAUCCUAUUCAUGAUAACGAUCGCAACUGGGGUCUACGCAGUGGUGAGCAGUAUGGGGUCGGUGUCGGGCUGGUUGCCGGCAGUGAACAAUGCGAUGGGGAUGGGCAUAUUGCUCGCAGUACCUGCCGUAGUGCCGCUCGCCGAAGGCCUCAAGCACUUCGUAGCCCUCGCCCAAAAGAGGGUACACGACGCGGUGAGCCUGGAAGAGAAUGGCGAACACAGCCGAGACAAGAGUGAGCUCAAGCUUGAGGCCCAUCGCCGGGUCGGCAACCAAGAAGAGGAGGUUAUUGUGGUUGCCCCUUGUGAGGAAAUGGCAAUUAAUAUCGGUGCCCGAGAGGAGCUCGGGGUGGGAGCCAUGGUGAGGCGGGUCGAGUUCUGGCUCUACUUUUUUGUGUACCUGUUGGGGGCAACGAUCGGGCUCGUGUUCCUGAACAACCUGGGACAGAUUGCUGAGUCCAGGGGCUGCUCGAACGCGCCGUCACUGGUCGCUCUGUCGUCGUCGUUCGGGUUCUUUGGCCGAUUGAUCCCGUCUCUCUUCGAUUGCCUCUUAGCAAGGAGGAAGUACAUGGUGGCGAGACCGGCGUCGAUAGCAGGAUUGAUGGCGCCAAUGGUGGGGGCCUACUUCCUGCUCCUCAGUCCUGCCAUGGCGGCGCUCUACACGAGCACGGCCGUGAUUGGCAUUUGCACCGGAGCCAUCACGUCCAUUGCCGUGGCAACCACCACCGAGCUUUUCGGGACCGAGAACUUCAGCGUGAACCACAACAUUGUGGUUGCCAACAUCCCGAUCGGGUCCUUCGUCUUCGGGUACGCCGCCGCGCUGCUAUACCGCCGCCGGUCCCCGGGGGGCAGCGAGAAGUGCAUGGGGACGGAGUGUUACGGCACGACGUUCAUCAUCUGGGGGUGUCUUUGCUUGCUGGGGACUGUCCUAGCUUUAGUCUUGUACGCACGUACUCGCAAGUUUUAUUCCCGAGUAUAG